GUGGAAGUGACCAAAGAAGUGGCUCUCCUGGCCGAGGCCCCGGUACAUGGAUAGAAGGAAGACAGCAAUCUCCUAACUGGAACCAUAUACGUUAGAUGGAUGGUUUCUAGCCUGCUUCCAAACCCCACCUCGGCUGAGUGUUGGGCGGCCCUCCUACACGAUCCUAUGACUCUUGAUAUGGACGCAGUCCUGUCAGACUUUGUUCGGUCUACGGGGGCAGAACCUGGUCUGGCCAGAGACCUGCUGGAAGGCAAAAACUGGGACCUCACAGCCGCUCUGAGUGACUAUGAGCAGCUCCGACAGGUGCACACAGCCAACCUGCCACCUGUGUUCAACGAGGGCAGGUGCCCCAAACAGCCUGAGCGAGAGCCACCCCCUCCCGGGCACACAGCCGAGCGGCCCUGCCUGCCCAGGCAGGACGACAUCGCCCAAGAGAAGCGGCUCUCGCGGGGGAUCUCCCACGCCAGCUCGGCCAUCGUGUCCUUGGCACGGUCCCACGUGGCGAGCGAGUGCAGCAGCGAGCAGUUCCCGCUGGAGAUGCCCAUCUACACGUUCCAGCUUCCGGACCUGAGUGUGUACAGCGAGGACUUCCGGAGCUUCGUGGAACGGGACUUGAUCGAACAGGCAACCAUGGUGGCCCUGGAGCAGGCGGGUCGCCUGAACUGGUGGUCCACCGUGUGCACGAGCUGUAAACGGCUUCUUCCUUUGGCCACGACAGGGGAUGGGAACUGCCUUUUACAUGCUGCCUCACUGGGAAUGUGGGGGUUUCACGACCGGGACCUGGUUUUGCGGAAAGCUCUCUACACCAUGAUGAGGACAGGGGCCGAGAGGGAGGCCCUGAAGCGAAGGUGGAGGUGGCAGCAGACACAGCAGAACAAGGAGUCAGGGCUGGUGUACACGGAGGAGGAGUGGGAGCGGGAAUGGACGGAGCUGCUGAAGCUGGCCUCCAGCGAGCCACGCACACACUUCAGCAAGAAUGGCGGCUCGGGCGGGGGCAUGGACAAUGCCGAAGACCCAGUGUACGAGAGUCUGGAGGAGUUCCACGUUUUCGUCCUCGCCCACAUAUUAAGGAGGCCCAUCGUCGUCGUAGCAGAUACGAUGCUGAGGGACUCAGGUGGGGAAGCAUUCGCUCCAAUCCCCUUCGGAGGGAUUUACCUGCCUUUGGAGGUACCUCCCAACAGAUGCCACUGCUCACCUCUGGUUCUUGCCUAUGACCAAGCGCAUUUCUCUGCCCUUGUGUCCAUGGAGCAGAGAGACCAGCAGAGAGAACAAGCCGUGAUCCCCCUGACGGAUUCGGAGCACAAGUUGCUGCCUCUGCACUUUGCCGUGGACCCUGGGAAGGACUGGGAGUGGGGGAAAGAUGACAAUGAUAACGCCCGGCUGGCCCACCUGAUCCUGUCACUAGAAGCCAAGCUGAACCUUCUGCACAGCUACAUGAAUGUGACGUGGAUCCGGAUCCCCUCCGAGACCAGGGCCCCUCUGGCGCAGCCAGAGUCCCCGACGGCCUCAGCGGGGGAAGACGUGCAGUCCCUGGCCGACUCGCUGGACUCGGACCGAGACUCAGUGUGCAGCAACUCCAACAGCAAUAACGGCAAGAACGGCAAGGACAAGGACAAGGAGAAGCAGCGCAAGGACAAGGACAAGACCCGCGCGGACUCUGUGGCCAACAAGCUGGGCAGCUUCAGCAAGACACUGGGUAUCAAGCUGAAGAAGAACAUGGGCGGCCUGGGCGGCCUGGUGCACGGCAAGAUGAGCCGCGCCAACUCCGCCAACGGCAAGCACGGCGACGCGCCCGAGCGCGGCAAGGAGAAGAAGGCCAAGGCGCGCAAGGGCAGCAAGGAGGAGUCGGGCGCUUCAGCCAGUACGUCACCCUCGGAGAAGACCACGCCGUCGCCAACGGACAAGGCAGCGGGCGCGUCGCCGGCCGAUAAGGGCGGCGGGCCCCGCGGCGACGCCUGGAAGUACAGCACAGACGUGAAGCUGAGCCUCAACAUCCUGCGCGCCGCCAUGCAGGGCGAGCGCAAGUUCAUCUUCGCCGGCCUGCUGCUCACCAGCCACCGGCACCAGUUCCACGAGGAGAUGAUCGGUUACUACCUGACCAGCGCGCAGGAGCGCUUCAGCGCAGAGCAGGAGCAGCGGCGCCGCGACGCCGCUGCCGCGGCAGCUACCGCCGCAGCAGCAGCCUCCACGGCCAAGCGGCCGCAGCGCAGGCCGGAGGCGGAGGGCGCGCCCGGCCCCGAGCGCGCCUCACCAGGCCCGCAGGCAGGGCAGCCCACGCAGCUGGUGCUCAAGCUCAAGGAGCGCCCAAGCCCGGGGCCCGGAACCAGCUCCCGGGCAGCACGGGCGGCGGCAGGCGGUUCGGCCUCCCCAGGCCCCGGCGGCAGCUCGCGGCGCACGGGCGCCAGCGGACCGGUCCCCGGCCGCAGCCCCCCGGCGCCGGGGCGCCAGAGCAUCAUUCACGUGCAGGCGGCGGGCGCGCGGGACGAGCCGUGCGUCCCAGCUGUAGGCGCGCUGCGGCCGUGCGCCACGUACCCGCAGCAGAACCGCUCACUGUCAUCACAGAGCUACAGUCCGGCGCGCGCCGCCGCCUUGCGCACAGUCAACACGGUAGAGUCGCUGGCGCGUGCCGUCCCAGGAGCCCUACCCGGGGCGGCGGGUGCGGCUGAGCCCAAGUCGCAGACCUACACCAACGGCUUCGGCGCGGCGCGCGACGGCCUGGAGUUCGCCGACGCCGACGCGCCGGCCGCGCGCUCGAACGGUGAGGGCAGCCGGGGCGGCCCGGGUGCGGGCCCCGCGCAGAGGCGCUGCCAGCGCGAGAACUGCGCGUUCUACGGGCGCGCCGAGACCGAGCACUACUGCUCGUACUGCUACCGCGAGGAGCUGCGGCGGCGGCGCGAGGCGCGCGCGGCCCGGCCCUGA